AUGGCCAGUGGACGCUAUGCGCCGGGGAGCGCUAGCAGGACCAUCUUGCAAGUGCCUGCCAUGCAUUGCCUCAGUACAGCCUUGCAGUCUGACAACUGCCAUGUACGCUCCCAUGUCAGCAGCCUUCGCUUGCAUUUCACGACUGCGUUGCGUGUGCCCGACAGCGCAUACUGUGCGACUGCCGCAGACAUCAUGUCCGAGCGUCCAGAGCAGACUAGAGAGCCAAGGCCGAACAGCCAGGCCGCCGAAACCACCACCGGCCCCUCCACGAUCACCGUCCUCUGGAGCCAAUCGGACCGAAGUCGGCCCGAUGAGGGUGUCCACGACGAGUGGACCCCUGCGCCUGAGCCAGCUACGCACUUCUCCGACCAGCAACAGAGGCUGGAGCACGCCGUGCUUCUCCUAGAGAAGCUCACCGUCGCAGCGCUCCCUGCGCAGAUCGAGGCAUUCCAACGUGCUGGCGACUUCCGCAAACUUCACAACCCAUUUCAUGAUUUCCCACGCGUGGGAAAUUGGGUCUUAGCCUUGACAGGGAGCAUGCUUUCGCGGCACAUUCGGAACGCCUACUCCAACUGGGGCAACCUGGGCGACUUCGUGGAAUGCUUCACUGUGAGUGUUGCCAAAGCUGGCAAGCCACCAUGGUUUGCCAGCUAUCAGGACCUUGUCGGCACCCUUGCGGACAUCCUCAACUCCUGCUGUUCUGAGGCGUACGAGGCACUCCACUGGCAGAUGACACCUGCGGAAUUUAUCCGCACCAUCAAGACGAAGGACAUCAAGACUGUCAGAGCUGGAGAAGCCGGAGACCCAAUGCUGCGUGAGCUCCUACAUGGUCGAGCCACGAGUUCCAUGGAACCUCGGGAGCACGCAGCCCACACACGGACUCCAGCAGAGGAACGCCACAUCGAAGAUCAUCAGGAUGGAACUCGCUAUCGUGAGAUCACGACAUUCUACGAGCCCGCGGACAAUGCCCCGCCUGAUGAACGUGGCACGGACUUUGUUGAUCUGGAGAUUGAUGUGGAGGUCGCAGAGGACCGCCCCACUGAGGGAGGUGCAGUCGGAGUGGCUCCGCAAGACCCGGACCCUGCAGGCCACAGCACGGAGGCCACCGGGGCCACAGAAGUCAUCGACAUUGAGGAUGGGGAGCCGGAGGCAACCGAGUUACAAGGGACGGCCCUAUGGAUAGCAGAACGGGGCAGCGUGCCCCAACGCACUAAGGGACCAAGGGCAGAGCAGAUCUCCCGGGCACUGACAGACCUCUUGAGACACGUCGAGGGCUGUGCCCAUGGGAGUGGGGAAAGGGCAUAA